GUUGUUCCAGGAGGUGAAGAAUGGCGAGCGCAGGAAGAAUUCGAAAAGCAAAAGCUCGGCCAUCGAAGAAUUGAUCGUCAGGGCGAGGUGAGCUACAAGCGUGUUCCAACAAAUGCAUUGAUGGGCGCGAUUCAACUGGGAAUCGCCAAUUCCAUCGGCUCACUGGCCUCAAAACCGAAGAGGGAUUUACUGCUACAGGAUUUUGACGUCAUCGAGACCGUCUCGUUCCCUCCAAGUGGCUCGCAGUUAACACCAUCACAUGGCUACGGCGAUUUUCGUUUCCAAACAUAUGCGCCGAUAGCAUUUCGCACAUUUCGAGAUCUCUUUUCCAUCAAGGCUGCCGACUUUUUGCGUUCGAUUUGCACCGAACCACUAAAGGAACUAUCGAAUGCGGGCGCUUCAGGGUCAAUUUUUUACGUUUCAUCCGACGACCAGUUCAUCAUCAAAACAGUACAACACAAGGAAGCUGAAUUCCUUCAGAAACUUCUGCCGGGUUACUACAUGAAUUUCAAUCAGAAUCCUCGAACGUUACUGCCGAAAUUUUUUGGAUUGUUCUGCUAUCAGAGUUUGGGUAAAAACAUCCGGCUACUUGUGAUGAAUAAUUUAUUACCGCAGUCGAUAAAAAUGCACGAGAAGUAUGAUCUGAAAGGAUCCACAUACAAGCGAUUGGCAUCCAAACACGAACGAGCCAAAUCUUCACCAACUCUUAAAGAUCUCGACUUUGUAUCCGAACAUCCCGAUGGUAUCUUGUUGGACAGUACCGCAUAUGAUGCUCUCAUCAAAACAAUCAGUCGCGAUUGUUUGGUACUGGAGAGCUUCAAGAUAAUGGACUUCAGCUUGUUGAUAGGCAUUCAUAACCUUGAUCUGGCGGAUGGUACUAACGCUGACGAGGAUGGUGAUGGUGGAGAACCGUCAACUUCAGCACAGAAAAGCAAGAAGAUAUUGCGAUUAAAAAGUAAAUUCUGGGAAUCAGAUAGUGGACGAUUACCACCAGAAGGAGUGUUUCCGGCACGCAAUCAGAAGGGCGAAAACCUUCUGCUCUUUCUUGGUAUCAUUGAUAUUUUACAGAACUAUAGGCUUCUCAAAAAAUUGGAACACACAUGGAAAAGUGUCUUACAUGAUGGGGAUUCAAUAAGCGUGCACAAUCCGACGUUCUAUGCGCAACGAUUCCUCGAAUUUCUGAAAACACAGGUGUUUCGCGCAUCUUCUGGUAAGUUGUUUUACUCGGAGACUCAAUUUGCAGGAGGUCAUUCGAAAUUCAGAUCAUUCGUCCAUUCAUAUAUCGUUGUAAUUGUAAUGCUGUUAACGAUACACUCACUGGAAUUGUUUGUAGCGUUACGACAGAGUCCUUCGAAGCGUCGCACAGCACGGCGAAGCGUAACAGAGAAAGAAGAACCUGAAACGAGCAAUCCAGUUGUACCGGCUGCAUCAAGCCGGCCUGAACUCGUUACCAUCCCAGCUUCUCGAGGACCACCUCGAAGAUCGUAUAAUCGUCAAGAUACUGCUGCUGAUUUCAAUCGUCCUCGAGAGAAAAAGGUGGAACGUUUAUUUGCACCAGAUCCAGAACUAGUGGAAGUGGAGCCAUCGAGUUCACUGGAAGAAACCGUUGUGGGUACCUCACAGAUUGAAGUUUCUUUUACUUCUCCAUCUUCGUAA